AGUGUAAAAUUUUUUCUUUCACGUGAUCAAAAUGAAGUGUGGCGGUGUCGCAGAGGCAAAGGAUGCAACUCCUGAAGUGCAGCAUAUCUGUGAUGAGGUAAAGCCACUUGCAGAAGAAAAGGCUGGAAAGAAAUUUGAUGUUUUCGUCGCCAAAAAAUUCACAACCCAAGUUGUUGCGGGGACCAACUUCUUCAUUAAAGUCCUUGUUGGUGGAGAUGAAUAUGUACACAUGCGAGUACAUAAAUCCUUACCCCACGCUGGUGGGAAACUGGAGCUGAAUGCAAUACAGACUCCCAAAGCUGACCAUGACCCCAUUGGUUUUUUCUGAUUACCUGUAACUCCCUGCAGAGCAUACCAUGCCCACGCCCAUGCUCCAGCCAACACAGCCUCUGCGCCCAGAUCAUUUUUCCUUGUCAGCUGCACUAAAUGGCACAGACUCUACUUCAUAGGCUACUUAUUGGCACAUGUAUUUUGUACUAAAAGCUGUUUACCUUUGCCAAGUUUAUUUUGUUAAAAAAAAAACAAAUAAACAUUUUACAGAGUC